AUGCUGAAAAGGAGAGGAAACAGCACAGAAACACGGUCACAAACUCCUAUGGAACCACAAGGACCACGCCGACGGGAUUUGGGAAGCAAAGUCGAUAAGGAAUGGCUUGGUGGCAAACUCCUUGUCGCGGGGAAGAGCAAACUCCGCAGCUUGCACAAAACGCUAACGUUCUCCUCACUCCCUGCAACACUUUCUUCCCAAUUCCGAAACCUUGACACGGCGAGCUCUCUGCAAAAUUCCAUUAAACCCUACUUCCUCUCUUUCUGUUCAUCGUUCUCCACCUCAUUUAUCAGUACAAAGACAAAUAAGAAGAAGAAAAGAAAAAAGAAAGCAAGCCCGAGAACAAAACUUGUCCAGCAGGAAUCCAGCCGCUUCCAACACUUCGAAGAAAUUGUCCAACGCGACGCCUUCUUUCGUUUUCUCAUCAGAAGCAAAGAGUUCCUCUCCAAGCAGCCCGAGCACGUCCUCCGACUCGAUGACGCCGGCAAACUCCACCGUGAACUAGGGUUCCCUCGUGGCCGCAAGGUCGUCCGCUCGAUUGAACGCCAUCCCUUGAUCUUUCAGACUUAUCGCCAUACAGACGGCAAAAUGUGGUUCGGUUUUACUGAUUUGAUGGAAGAUCUGCUCGAGGAAGAGAAGUGCAUUAUGGAUCAAAUGAAGGAAGAUAGAGUUAUUAAAGUCCGUAAGCUGCUCAUGAUGUCGGCGAAGAAACGAAUUCCGUUGAGUAAGAUCUACCAUUGCAGACUCUUGUUUGGGAUUCCUGAGGAUUUUAGAGACCGUGUUUCCAAGUAUCCGGAUUAUUUCAGAAUUGUGGUGGAGAACGAUGGGAAGAGGAUACUCGAACUUGUGAAUUGGGAUCCUGCGUUAGCUGUGAGUGCUCUGGAGAGGGAUUUUAUCGUAGACGAGGAUCGAGUGAAGAAAGCAUUUAAAUUCCCUUUAAGUCAUGGAAAAUCUUUGGACCUCGAUGAGGAUGACACGAGGAAGCUGAACUUGCUGAACACGCUUCCAUUGGUUUCUCCCUACUCGGAUGGUUCGGAGUUGAAGCUUUGGUCUUUGGAAGCGGAGAAGUAUCGGGUUGGGGUUUUGCAUGAGUUCUUGAGCUUGACAUUGGAGAAGAGAGCGUCCAUACAUCACAUUGUGGAGUUUAAGGAGGAGUUCAAUCUCACAAAGCAUACUUACCAGAUGCUUCAGAAACAGCCCAGAGCCUUCUAUCUGGCUGGGACUGAAAUGAACUGGACUGUAUUCUUGAGAGAUGCCUACAGGCAAGACGGGGUUUUGAUCGAGAAGGAUCCACAGGUGCUCUUCAAUGAGAAGCUCUAUCAUUAUGCUCAAAUGAAAGGGAUGGGAUCUUGUGAUAUUAUUGACAAAGAAGAAUCUGAGCUUUAGCAGGAUUUCGCUUAUG